ACUUUUGUGCACUCGUCCCCGACCAUGGAUCAUAAAGCGAAGAGGAACAUCACAGGAUCGAAACAUGAGUUGACAGAGAACUGAGAACAAAUGGAACUUUACAAAACUGCUGAACCAGAUCGAAAUCUAUUUGAAUUUCUCAACUCAAAAGCAACUCUAAACACGCUACGCACGUUGUUUUCGUUUUUUUUCCGUGAGACUCUGUGCUCUGUUGGAUUGAUUGUUUUGUAUGUUUUGCUUGUGUUACCAUAGCAACUAACGUUACUCGGCUUCUUUUGCGUUAUCUGCUUAUUUCUCGUUUAUGUGAGGUAACGAAUAAUGGCCAGCGGAUCAAAAUAUAAGGAACACAGAGUCAAUCACUACAGAACAGAGACACGACAAUUAAUACAAAUGAUGAUGCAGGAGUCUCGUCUAACAGACUUUCAGCAGAGGCAGAUCAAUAAUCAGCUGAAAAAUGGCGGCGCUCUUCCACUAACAUUUAAUCUCACGCCGUUUGAGCCCAGUGUUCAGUCAGAGCCCAGAGUCACUAGAGUGAACGCACUGAUUGGUCACCAGCAGAGACGCAGUGCAGAAAGAUGCCGUGCUGGAGAUAAUUACACACGAGAACAGUUCAAGCCUAGAGCAAUACGAGAUCAAGAGAAAGAGAAGAGACAGCUACAAAAUCUUUUUUCUACUGGUCAAAAGGAUGUUGGGCCAACUCACUCCCAAAGAGAUUCCACAGAGAGAAAAGAGCAACAGAUGGAUCGAUUCCAAGAGGUUCUGGAUGAGAUUGAGGAGAGGAAGCAGUUUUUAGAGGAUAUGACGGCAUUGGGAAAAGGUCCCCAGUACCAGCAACUCAUCAACACAGAGAUUUCCCAGAAAAUCCGUGAACUUGAAGAGAUUGACAGGAAACGCAGUGAAGAAAUAAGCACACUCAAGCUAGUUGGAAAAAAGGAACAAAGCAAAGAGAGGGAUAGAGAAGGUGAAAAUAUGAAUUGUUAGACAUCUAUGAGUAAUAAAAUUACUU